AUGCCACGGAGCGUCAGAGACAGGCUUCGUGAUCAGUUCUCUAGAUUGGAGCAGGGAUCUAUGACCAUUUCAGAGUAUGAGGCGAGGUUCCAUGAGUUGUCUCGUCAUGCUACUAUGAUCCUGCCCACAGAGGGAGAGAGAGUUCGUUGUUUUGUACGUGGGUUGCGAUACCGUUUGAGGGUUGACACAGAGCAUAUGGUUUCAACUGGCCGUUCUUUUCUUGAUGUGGUCGAUCAUGCCCGAUCCAUGGAGCAUAUUCAUCAUGAGGCCCAAGGGGGCAGCGAUAAGAGGGCGGCAUUACCUGUUUCUGAGGGAGGUCAAUAUCAGCAGAGUGGUCCUAGUACAGGCCAGAAUUCGAGGGGAUCAGAUUCUUUUCCUCCAUGCCGCGGUCGGGUUACUACAGGGCGUUCAACUUCGGGGUGUUAUGAUUGUGGUGAUCUUGACCAUUGGUCUAGAGAAUGCCCCCGGCGAGGUCGGGGGGUGAUUGUACCAGCUCCACCUACUUCUAAACCAGUUUCAGCCGUGUCUUCUUCGGCUAGAGGAAGUGGUCAGAUUCAGGACCGUCGAGAGAGUCGACAGGUUACCAGGGGUGGAGCUCGGGGAGGCAGGUCAGGUGGUAGACCGGGUGCACCAGGUAGAGGUGCUCAAGGCCAUUUCUACGCUGCCCCGACAAGGGCGGCGGCUGAGGCAUCUGAUGAUGUCAUCUCAGGUACGCUCUUCUUGUGCCAUCAGCCUGCUACAGUAUUAUUUGAUCCAGGGUCCACAUUCUCGUAUGUAUCUAUUUAUUUUGCUCCCCGAUUGGGUAUGAGGUCCGAGUCUUUGGAAGAGCCGGUUCAUGUUUCGACCCCGAUAGGUGAGUUCUUAGUAGUGGAUCAAGUAUUGCGAUCUUGCUUAGUGACCAUCCAGGGUUAUGAUACUAGAGCUGAUCUUAUUAUGCUAGAUAUGAUUGAUUUUGAUGUGAUUUUGGGCAUGGACUGGUUAUCCCCAUAUCAUGCGGUCUUGGAUUGCUAUGCCAAGACUGUUACCUUAUCCAUGCCUGGUGUUCCCUCGGUAUUGUGGCAGGCUGCUUAUAGUCACACACCGACGGGGAUAAUCUCUUUUAUUCGAGCUAGGCGGUUGGUUUCUUCUGGGUGUUUAGCGUAUUUGGCCCACAUCAGAGAUGUGAGUAGGGAGGGCCCUUCAGUUGACUCAGUUCCUGUGGUUAGAGAGUAUGCAGAUGUGUUCCCUACAGAUCUACCUUGCCUACCCCCAGAACGUGACAUUGAUUUUGCUAUAGAUUUGGAGCCUGGCACUCGUCCUAUUUCUAUUCCGCCUUAUCGGAUGGCUCCUGCAGAGCUCAGAGAGCUCAGUAGUUAUAGACCCCCAGUAGUUAGAGGAAGAGGUGUUCAUGGUAGAGGCCGCCAUUUUGGAGGACGUGGUGGCCAAGGUAAUGGUGGUCACCAAUUCUGUUGGGCUGGCGGGCAAGUUGGAACUACUGCAGCGCAGCUUGGUAGGGUUAAUAGACAGACAGGUGAUAGGGCUCAUUGA